CCGAAAAACUAAUGUAUCGAGUGCUUUUGAGUGGUGCUGCUGGCAGCGGAAAGGGAACAAUUGCACGAAUGCUCGUGCGAGAAUUCGAACCCCUAGGAUUCAAUUAUUUCGCUGCUGGAGACUUUAUUCGCGAUCAUAUUGCCAGAGGGACAGAAUUCGGAGUUCGUGCACAAUCGUUCCUCAACAAGGGCGAGCACGUUCCAGACAGUAUUCUGAACGGAGCCAUACUGGCGGAGAUGCUUAAAGCAGGACCACGUGUCGUUCUCGACGGAUAUCCACGAAACAUGAGCCAGCUGAAAAUGGUUGAAGAGCAGGCGCCGUUGAAUUUGAUCGUUGAAUUGAAGGUUCCUCGCAAAGUGCUCAUCGAUCGUUUGUCAAAGCAAUUGGUGCAUCCAGCAUCCGGAAGAGCAUACAAUUUGGAAGUGAAUCCACCAAAGGAGGAGGGCAAAGACGAUAUCACGGGAGAGCCACUGUUCAAGCGAAGCACGGAUCAGUUGGAGGUGGCAAGAAGGAGGCUUGAGGUUUACGAUAAGACAGAAAACAAGGUGUUGGACUAUUAUAAGAAGCAAAACAAGUGCAUCACAAUGUCUGGUGAAUCAUCGAAAGCCGUAUUCGAGUCGGUUGCCGAAGUGAUGCGUCGUGAUCUUUUGACGACAACUCCAAGAACUGCAUACGCAUAAGUUCUACACUGAAUACUGUAUCCUAUUUCUCUAACCAUCCAGACCUUUGAACACCCAUUGAACCAUUUGAUUACGGGUUAGUCUCCCUAGAAAAUCGAAUUAAUUCUGCUGUUUUUUCUUCUCUCUUCCUUUCUCCAUGAACGCUUUAUUUCGGUUUGCCCCAUGUUUUCCCCUGUUAUCCAACAAUUUUCCUAUAUCUGAAAACGGAUUUUUGAAAUCCAAUAUUUCUUAAAUUUUUUCUCGACACGACACACAUGAUUUUAUACACAUGAUUUUUCAUUUAUUUGUUUUCUUAUUUUCUUCUCUUCAAGUUAUGGGUAUUUUUGCGUGUAAAUGAAAAUCUUUUCAU